AUUUCAAGUAUAAUCGAAAGCACACAUCAAAUGCAUUGACAAUUCUAAUUUGCUAAAAUAAUUACAAAGAGACACCAUGAAGGGAGGUUUUUUCCUCUUUCGAAUCCAAUAAAAAUCCGUUAAGAAACUGACACUGGGACGCCACCACAUUGUUGAUUGAGGAAGUAAUCAUGGAUCGAUAGACUUUUUGCAGGGCAGAAAUUAAGGAGGUCAGCAAUCGCUGCCGGCUGGAGCGUGCUCGAAUCGGAACAACUUACAUAAGCAAUGACAUUAUGGAGAUUAGCUUGGCAACGCCAGGCAGCAACAGAGUAAACAUUGAAUGACUUCAUAUUUUGGAAAUUGUGCUUGAUGCAUUUUGCCAAAUCCAAGUCAGCCUGGAUUUAUGAACUGGCGUUUCACACUUUCACGAAAUCCAUUAUACCCGGGGAACAUGACCUCCCUGAGAAGGUCUGCGCGGCUCAGUGCUACGCCGUCAGCGUCAAAUGGCGAUUAUCAAGCACCUAAAGACAAUCAAGAACCAAAGAAGAAGCAGGUGACAGCAAAAGCCACGAACAAGGAACGAAAUGGCAGACCAGAGCCAACUCAGGCAGCAAAGGCACCGUCAACUCCAAAGCGAAGAAGAGCUGCCUCUCCCACAAACGAAUUUUUAUCAGUGACGCCGAAACGUCAAAAAUCCGCAUCCAAGGAUCCAAGCUCUCGCCCAGAAAACGUGAUAGUCUCAUCAUUGACAGAGCCAUUGAUGCGGCUGGCUGAACCGCACCAAACAAAUGCACCUUUACGAACCCCAGGAGGGAGUCGUGUUGUUGCCUACGCAGAUGAAGUUUUUGAUUCGUCACCUUCGAAGCCGGGUUUGCCACGACCUACGACUACAACGGGAACUCUUUUGGAAGAGGCGUGUGCACAUCUCAUUCGAGUAGAACCUCGCUUGCAAGUCCUCAUAGAGAAACAUCGCUGUCAUAUUUUCUCCCCAGAAGGUCUUGCAGAGGAGGUGGACCCUUUUCGUAGCUUGACUAGCGGCAUCAUGGCACAGCAGGUCUCUGGCGCUGCCGCAAAAUCUAUCAAGAACAAAUUCGUAGCAUUAUUCAAUGAACAAAGCGAUAGCGCUGUAAACCCGUUACAAACAUUUCCUACACCAGCACAGGUUGCGGACUGCGAUAUUGCCACAUUGCGUACAGCAGGUCUAUCACAACGCAAGGCAGAAUAUAUCAAGGGUCUAGCCGAAAAGUUUGCAAGCGGAGAACUGAGCGCGCAUAAAUUGAUUCGAGCUAGCGACGAAGAAGUCCUCGAAUCUCUCACUGCAGUUCGUGGGUUAGGACGAUGGUCAGUAGAGAUGUUCGCCUGCUUCGGCUUGAAACGGAUGGAUGUAUUCUCAACGGGUGAUCUUGGCGUGCAACGCGGCAUGGCUGCUUAUCUAGGGAAAGAUGUUGCGAAACUCAAAGCGAAAGGCGGAAAGUGGAAAUAUAUCUCCGAGGAGGAGAUGCUUAGGCACGCUGCCAAGUUCUCUCCCUACAGGAGCUUGUUCAUGUGGUACAUGUGGAGAGCAGAGGGAGUAGAUAUUGACGCUGUCGAGGGAAAAUAAACUGCUCUCUCUGCCUGCAAAGCUCAGUCACGAUAUAAGAAGAAGGGUGGAUUCUUUUGCUUUGGACUAGACCCAGAACGGCGGUUGCUGUUGUCGUCUGAGAUGGGAGCGCCGUUCAUUAGAAUAACCCAAUUCCGGUUGAUACAUUUUGGACUCUUCUGGGUCUUGGCAUGACCAGUAUUUCUGCUCAACAA